GCGAAUGAGAAGCGGCUGCGUGUAUCUACUGCCAAAGUGAGCUGAGAUAAUAUCUGAGUGACCGGUAUCUUCACAUGGCAACAACAUGGCUAUUUACACAUGGAACGUAUGCUUACUUCUCCUCCAGUUGUCUUUGACUGUAUUAGCAGGGAGAGACUUUUACAAAAUCCUGGGAGUUCCUCGAGAUGCGACUACUAACCAAAUCAAGAAGGCAUACAGGAAACUAGCCAUGCAAUAUCAUCCUGAUAAAAAUAUAGAUGAUCCGGAAGCUAGUGAGAAAUUUCAGGAUCUUGGUGCUGCUUAUGAGGUUCUCUCUGAUGAGGAUCAGAGGAAGACCUAUGAUGCACGAGGUGAAGAAGGUUUGAAGGAUAUGGGUCAUGGACAUCAUGGUGAUCCAUUCUCAAGUUUCUUUGGAGACUUCAAUUUUGCUUUUGGUGGUAAUGGCGGACAGAGGAGAGGUCAGGAUAUACCAAGGGGUGAUGACAUCACAGUUGACCUUGAUGUGACCUUGGAAGAACUCUACUCAGGAAACUUUGUUGAGGUUGUAAGAUACAAGCCUGUAGCAACAGAAGCACCUGGUACAAGGAAAUGUAACUGUCGUCAAGAGAUGCAGACUGUCCAGCUCGGUCCAGGCAGAUUCCAAAUGACACAAAAAGAAGUCUGUGAUGCAUGCCCCAAUGUCAAAUUUGUAAGUGAAGAGAAGCUUCUAGAAAUUGAGAUUGAACCUGGGAUGCGCGAUGGCCAAGAAUACCCAUUUGUAGCAGAAGGUGAACCCCAUAUUGACGGAGAGCCUGGGGAUCUCCGAUUUCAAAUAAUUGCUUUAAAGCAUGCUAUCUUUGAAAGGAAAGGGGAUGAUCUUUACACCAACAUAACAAUAUCAUUAGUGGAUGCUCUCACUGGUUUUGAGAUGGAUAUCAAACAUUUAGAUGGUCAUAAAGUUCAUAUAAUGCGAGAUAAAGUGACAUGGCCAGGUGCUAAGAUGAGGAAGAAAGGAGAAGGCAUGCCUAACUAUGAUAACAACAAUGUCAAAGGAACUCUUAUUGUCACAUUUGAUGUUGAUUUUCCCAAAGGAGAUAUGACACAAGAACAAAAAGACAGUCUACAAUCUUUACUCAAGCAAACGUCAGCACAAACUGUUUAUAAUGGACUUCAAGGAUUUUAGACACACCAAAUAUUACUUUGUAGAUAUCAUCAGAAAAAAGAGCUACAAUUUUUUUAUCUGUAGGUGUUAGAUAUUAAUGGUAUAUUUGAGGUAUAUAUUGAUGAAUCUGUCUCUUAAGUGUAUUUGUCCAGAGAGAGAGAGAGGGAGAAAGAGAGAGUGAGAGGGAGAGAGAGAGAGAGAGAGAGAGAAAUUGAGAGAGAGAAAUUGAGAGAGAGAAAUUGAGAGAGAGAAAGACAGAGAAAGAAAGAGAGAGAGAGAGAGAGAGAGAGGGAAGGAAUCAAUAUUUUGUUCAUUAGUUUUGUUUUUAGGUAAGCAGUGAAAUUUAUAAACUUGUAACCAGAUUUUUCUAGCCUCUAUCUAAAAUUUCAGGCUUGCAAUGAAAUUUCACGUUGUUAUACUCAGCAAAUCUUGUUUAUUUUCUUAAACUUCCCUAAUAAUAAUAAUAAUAGCUCGUUCUUAUAUAGCGCUUCAUCUUGAAGCUUUGUGCAUAAUAUUGAUUACAGCCUAAGGUGCACAAAAGUAGAUUUCCUGUGUUAUAAUUCUGGGUGACAUGAAGGUAGUAAAGUAAACAUUUUCGGAAACGAAAAGCAUUGAUUUUUAUUUAAUUUUAAUCUGGGCCUUGAAUAUCAUCUUGUGUUAGGGCUUGUUUGCCAAAUAAUGACAAUACCACCGCUAGAAAUCGAGCAUGUGUUUCAUUGAUAAGUGCAUGUUCACUUGGAUAGAAUAAUGACAAUUAUAAUGAUUAUAUUGAACAAUUGUAUUAAUGAAAGGGUUCUGUCUAGACAGACCCUUAAUUGGUUUGUCCACAUAGCAUUUUAAACUAUUUAACAAAAUUAGUCAGCCAUUUUGGGCACAAGAUUAUGUAGAGCACCUGGAAUACAGAAAUGUUUUUACUGAAUUUAUGACCCUGGUCAAGAUUUAGGUGAUAAUAAUGCUGAGAGAGAUUUGCCUUCUUUGCACCAUAGUCUUAUCAAGUUUGUGUUCAUCUUGUUAACACUAUGGCUAUAACACUGUAUGAUUUAUCUUCAUCGUUUUAUCCUCUUCUGAUCACGUAGUGCAAAUGUUCUGAAACAUUUUGUCAGAAGGGGAAAUUUAGCAUAAGUUGGAUUGGUCUUGCAGUUGAAAAUGCAGUACUGAAAAAUAAUUUCAUCUUGUUCAGUUUAUGAUAAAGUAACAUUGAUUUAUUUAUUUGUUCGUAUGAAUAUCUACAACCAUAUGUUCAAUAUCACUUAACUCUACUGUAAAGUGAUUAUGCAUACCUCUAUAUCAUCUGCAGGAUGGUGCAUAUGUUCUCCUAUGCACUAAAGCUCUUAAUAUAUACCGGGUAUUUAUUUUCGCUGUUAUGUAUGGGUAUAGUAUAGCGUGGCAUAGUUUGGUGUAGUCUGGCUAUAGAAGCACAUCUUAGCUGCAAACUUGAUUCUUCUAAGGUUUAAACAUUCCAUGAAUUGUAAUAUGUUAUGGGAUUUAGAUAUCUGUAUAAUUUUAGUCAGGUACACAUACAACGCAAAACGGCAGUAAAAGUAAUAAUUAUACAAUAUAAAUUGUUGUACAGUAGAACUGUUCUGUGUGUAUACAUUUACCAUGGUAGUUUAGCAAUACACAAAUAGAUUAGGAAUGGCACUUCACAAUAACUAAACAUAUUAGGGACACAUUGUUUAUCUUGCAAUGUCAACGAUAAUACUGAUAUUAUACCUGGGAAGGCCAGAAUUCAUUUCCACAAAUGAUGGUCCUUCAUAGUUAGACGUUUUGUGUACCGUACGUACAACCAGAAACGUCCACAUGCAGGAAAUGUUCACAAAUUUCUUGAGGGGUUCAGACUAGAAACAGUUUCAGACCACAAAAUAAUUGAAUCGCAAGUGACACGAAACUCAAUUGUUGCAAUUAGCGGAAGUAUUCUUGCUGUGGAAAUGGCCGUCCAUGACACUUUAUGAAAGGUUCUCAUCAAGAAAGUUCUGGUUCAUUACAUUACUUUGAUAAGUUUGUACAUUCAGUCCUAGGUACUUAAUUACAGCUAGAUGAGAUUUGAUUGAAUUUAAACAAAAAGUGAAUAAUGUCAUACCUCCAACGCUACUCCUCAAUGUUAUUGGUUACAUUAAUAUCAUUUUCAGCUCAAUGUUCUUUUUGUGUACAGCAUGUUCUGUCCUGUAUAUCAGUAAAUGUGAUAUAUGUCUUUUGCAUUAUUGCCUUCAAUGACUGCAUCUUAAAACGCUACAUCAUCAGAAAUUGUUCCUUGCAAUUAUCACAAAGUGCCUUUAAACACAAGUUAUGAAUGUAAAAUUGUCGCAUUUUGAACAUGGUUUUGAAAGAUAUCACAAUCAUUAUGACAUGACGUGCUAUGAUGUACAAAUAUUUAUGUCGGGUGGUAGUUAGUGUAUGUAUGGUGAUGUAUCAAAAGAUUCAUGCCCUAUUGUGUUCUAUGUGUAGCACAUGUCUUAUCUGAUGGGUUUUACAAGUUGAAAUGCAGAAACAUCACAUUUUUCACACUUAUCUACACACAAGGCAUUUCACAAGUCAUUUUUGUAGUAUUAGGGAACCAA